CUCGAGGCGGAGCAGGAGAAGCACAAGUGCGUCGGCUCCAUGCUCAUUGUGGGCGUCGACAGCGGUGGCUCCGACGACGAGAGCGAGCCGGACGAGGAGCCAGAGUACACGGCGGAGCAGAUCUUGCAGCUGCGCCACAUCCUGAUCACAGAGGCGCGUGCCAAGGCGCUCGAGAAGGCCGACGACUUCUGCUCCUGCGGCCAAUCUGCCGGCGGCUUCGCCAUGUUCAACACGAGCGACGGAAACCAAAUCUGCGCUGGCAUCCCCAAGGAGGUGCAAGCGGCGCUCAAGAAGAAGACGCUGCCCGAACGCUUCGACGCGCUCUUCGCGCUGACACACGGGCUGAAGAACUACGACUUUUGGAUGAACGACAAUGAGUGCUGGGAACCGGGACAGGAGCUGGAGAAGGCGAUCAAGACGCUCGGCAAGGCGUGGCGCGACAUGCUCAAGAAUUCGGACGCGCUGCUCGGCAUUGACGGUGAGUUCACGCGGCCCGGCAUCGAGGCGCUCCUGAGCCAGCUCCAGGACGACUUCGCGUCUUGCGAGCCGACUGCGGACUACCCGUUCAAGUGGCGCGCGUGAGCGCGGCGCGCUUCAUGUAUGUACCACGCCCCGUGCGCGCCUGACGUCCAUCGGCUCGCCGGCCGCCUCUACAGGCCGCCUCACGCACACUACUACACUGCCCUGACUCGGGUGCAAAGCCACUCCCCACACACGGGCGGGACGCGUAUCAGAAGCCGCCCUCUGAAUCGACGAAAUGUAUGUCGAAACACAUGCACUUCUUGGGCGUUCGUACGUCUUUUUACUACCUCAGC